GGGCUCCUCCCCGCGCCCGCCCCGACUAGUUUAUCUUGUGACCGCGGCAGCCACUUCGUAUUUCGAGCUUGGCGCCUCGUUAUCCGCGAUGGGCUUCCUGGCUGUAGCGAUCCUGCUCCUGGCGUUCUUCGCUACCAUCCAGGCGGAGCCGGUGCAUUACAAGGACUGCGGUUCUAGAGUUGGAGUUAUAAAAGAGGUAAAUGUGAACCCAUGCCCCAACCAGCCCUGUGAACUGAAGAAAGGACAGUCCUACAGUGUCAAUGUCACCUUCACUAGCAAUACAGAAUCUGAAAAUAGCACAGCCUUCGUGGAAGGCAUCCUGAUGGGUGUGCCAGUCCCCUUUCCCAUUCCUGAGUCUGAUGGUUGUAAGAGUGGAAUCAACUGCCCCAUCCAAAAAGACAAGACCUAUAGCUACAUGAAUAAACUGCCAGUAAAGACUGAAUACCCCUCUAUAAAACUGGUAGUAAAGUGGGAACUUGUGGAUGACAGUCGCCAAUCUUUCUUCUGCUGGGAAAUCCCAAUACAAAUCAAAAGCUAGAGCUAUUUGAUGCUGAUUUGUCUAUGUGGAGGUUCCUCCUCUGUAAGUGCCUCACUGAGUCUGGUGCAUCUGAACAAGAAAUCUGCUGGCUCUGAACAGCACCUCCACCUCCAUUGCCUCAACAGUAGUGAUCUGUUCUCUACUGAUAUCCAGAGAUUCAUAGGAGAUGUCAUGUUCUACAGCAGGAAGUCAGCUGUGGAUAACUGGUUCUCUGUGGUUAUCUCAUGUCUUUUGUUCUGUCUUAGGUGGUUUUCGUUAAAAGCAACAGUUGGUUACCAGAUGUUUCUUUCUUUCUUUCUUUCUUUUUUUUUUAACAAUAUUAACUUGUAUCCUCUUUCUGAACCUGGAAAUGAACCUUCGUAUAAAUAAAAACUUGUCAG